AUGGAUGCCGGCAGUGAGGUCCCCGCGGAGGCCGUGCUUCCCAAGCACAUCCUGGAUGUCUGGGUCAUUGUCCUCAUCAUCCUGGCCACCAUCGUCAUCAUGACCUCCUUGUUGCUGUGCCCAGCCACUGCGGUCAUCAUCUAUCGCAUGCGGACUCAUCCUGUCCUCAACGGGGCUGUCUGA